CUCUCUGCCCUUUAAAUAGCAACUUAAAUAAGUAGGAUCAUAAUUUUAAGAGAAUUCUGAAAAAACCCCACACUCCUAUAGAAACAAGGCGGUGGCUCAUGGCGGUUGGACGGCGGCAGCUGGCGGUGCUACUCCUCCUCCUUUUCUUGGUGGUGUCUUCCACGGCCGUUCCUGCCUCAAGAAGCCUAAAGACAAUCAAGAAUCAAGUGUUACUCGGCAGAUUUCAUGUUCAGGAUGUUAGUGACAUUGAGAAUGAUGAUGUGAUGAUGGUGAGCUUGUUGGAGAGAAGAAUGAACAUUGAACUUACAGAUUAUCCAGGGACAGGAGCAAACAAUAAUCAUGAUCCAAAGCCUCCUGUAAAAUUUUAAUCAUCACCAAAUAUUUCUGAUUACUCAAUAAUUAAUCAAAUUGUAAUAUUUCAAGCACACGUGAAUUGUCAUGUUAUCUUGUUUUAUGGCUU